AUGCUAACACAGUGUUUUGAAAAAGGGCGGAUCAGAUGCCAUCAGUAUUGGCCAGAGGACAACAAACCAGUUACUGUCUUUGGAGAUAUAGUGAUUACAAAGCUAAUGGAGGAUGUUCAAAUAGAUUGGACCAUCAGGGAUCUAAAAAUUGAGAGGCAUGGGGACUGCAUGACUGUUCAUCAGUGUAACUUUACUGCUUGGCCUGAGCAUGGGGUUCCUGAAAACAGUGCCCCUCUAAUUCACUUUGUAAAGUUGGUUCGAGCAAGCAGAGCGCAUGAUACCACACCUAUGAUUGUUCACUGCAGUGCUGGAGUUGGAAGAACUGGAGUUUUUAUUGCUCUGGAUCACUUAACACAACAUAUAAAUGACCAUGAUUUUGUGGAUAUAUAUGGACUGGUGGCUGAACUGAGAAGUGAAAGAAUGUGCAUGGUGCAGAACCUGCAUGGGGAUUGCAUGACUGUUCAUCAGUGUAACUUUACUGCUUGGCCUGAGCAUGGGGUUCCUGAAAACAGUGCCCCUCUAAUUCACUUUGUAAAGUUGGUUCGAGCAAGCAGAGCGCAUGAUACCACACCUAUGAUUGUUCACUGCAGUGCUGGAGUUGGAAGAACUGGAGUUUUUAUUGCUCUGGAUCACUUAACACAACAUAUAAAUGACCAUGAUUUUGUGGAUAUAUAUGGACUGGUGGCUGAACUGAGAAGUGAAAGAAUGUGCAUGGUGCAGAACCUGGUGAUGUUGAGCUUGAAUGGGAAGAAACCACCAUGUGAAUAUUCAGAACAAAGAUUACAAGUGGACGAUAUUUUCAAAUCCCAGGGGCCAAAAUUACCCCCUCGGUCUUCAGAACUGAAAUGUGCAAUCUUAAAGAAAUCUGCAUGCUUCCCACGCUGUGCCUUACUAAGUGGAUUGACCAUUUUAUGA